ACGCUGCUGUAUGUUCAGUCAGACGUGAGUUUUUAGCUAAAUCCUCUAAGAUCUCCGUCUUGGUUGCUUCCUUCCAAAAAUCCUCUCUAAACAAACUUUAAUUCUUGAAUAGAAUAUCUAAGGAUGGAUCCAGUUAAGGCAGAGAAGUUUCAAGCAAUGAACAAGUAUAGGAAAAGUGAUCAGUUUCUUUACAACCUCAUUCUUCAUUUGCUGGCUGGGUUAGCUUGUAGUUUAUUUUUCUCCUAUGCUUUUUCGUUUCCACCUCUAUGUUCAUCCAUGAAGCAUUUCUUCUUAAUCUCUCUCCCAUGUAUUUGGUCUUCUUUCUCUAAUCCAAAGUGCUUGUUCGUUGUGGUCAAUGUCAUUGUCAUCUUCCUUGUUGGAGAAUCAAGGUUUACGGGCACAAACUCAUCUCCAGCUGGUGACAUCUACAAUGAGUAUAUCGAAAGAAGUCGAAGCCUUAGGGGAGUCCCAGUCUCGACACCUCAAGAGAAGACGAGGCAGGAGAAAAGGGUAGAAGAGGUGGAAAAAGAAGCUGAAUCGAAACAAGUAGUCAACAGGGGUGAUGAUAAGGAAGUGAAAGAAGAAGAUGAAGAAUUAGUUGAAGUGAAAGAAGUGAUGAAGUCCGAUGAAAAAGAAGAGAAAGAAGAAGAAAAAGAAGUCGAGGUGAAAGAGCAAGAUAGAGUAGUCCAAGAAACAUAUGGAGUUGCUGCAGAAGAAGCUUAUGCAGAAAAAGAAAAGGAUACCGUUGAAGAAGAGGCUGGAUUGCCAGCUGAGGAACUAAAUAAAAGAGUUGAACAGUUUAUCGCUAGAGUUAACAAACAAAGAUGGCUGGAAGCUCAAUUACUGGUGUGUUGCAGGGCAUGAUUAGGAUUUAAGGGUAAAAUAAUUGCAAAUUUAUUGGUUUAAUUUUCUGAUAUAUUUAUAGUAGGGACAAGAUAUAAUUGUGCAGCAAAGAUGAAGAAAAGCUGGGUAGACAAAUGACAUCUUCAUAAGUUCGUAAAAUAUAUUAGUACAAGUAGUAGUAGAAGUAACAAGUACUUGCAGUUAUUACAUAUUUGAACAUGAAUCCUCUUUUCCA